AUGAUUGCCAUUCCAUUGACUCGCGUCUUUGCAGCAUGUGGACUACUUCUCAUUUUGAUGAAACACAAUCGCUGGUACAAAGCCUCCUCUCUUGCCGAGAAAACCACUCGGCUUCUUCCUCUCCUUUGCAGCCGUUACCUCAGCCGCCAGGAUCAGCAGUAUGCUAUCACCCAGACUACAGGCCUAGCUGCUGAUAUCUGCACCAUCUUUAACCAUGUAAACAAGCCCAACCAAGCUCUUCAACACCUAGAGUUUGGUCGUGGCCUGAUCCUCAGCUAUCUGAUUGACAGCCGCAAUGAUGUUGAUCAGCUCCAUAAGGACCACCCAGGCUUGGCCAGUGAGUACGAUCUCCUCCGGCGCACUUUGUCCCAACCUUUACCUUCCGUGGAAUCUAAAGACAGUGCACAUAUACUCGAGCGCAAGAAACAAGCCGCUCGCGAGCUGGAACACUGCCUGCAUGCUAUUCGCCAACAGCCAGGCCAUGCUUUGAUCGUCCUAGAGGACCAAAUACACUCUCUUGAGCUACCCCUCAUGCCAAGCCUCCAUCACUUUGGUUUUAACAAAAUGCUAGCCCGGUUUCGGGCCGUAGCCCAACGUGGACCGCGCGAUGUCCAAAGCGAGCUACAGGCCUCCCACCCAAUCGUCAGACUUACUAAGCCAUACUACGAUGCUGAAGCUCUUUUCUGGCUAUGGGAUUGCUGGGUCAAGCUAAUUCUGGAAUUCAUCGAGCUUCAAGCAUCUGUGCCAACUGAUAAGUACCGCAUCUGGUGGAUGGGGACUGGUGCAGCGAGUUUUCUCCCGUUCUAUGCCGCUGGACAUUACGAGGAUCCACUGCAAAGCACCAUGGGCCAUGCCAUCUCUUCGUACAUGCCUACUAUCGAGGCACUCGCCUACUCACGGUCCCAGCUGUCCAGAUUACCAACUCGCGAUACCCAAACAUCAGUUGCUAUCAUGGCCAUGCCCACUACACCACAGGAAACAUCAUUACCGGGUAUCGAGUCCGAGAUUGAGGCCAUCCAAAAUGCUGCUGGCUCUGAAUUCACUCUCCAGGUGCAGAGAUAUCCCCAGUCAGAGGCCGUACUACAGGCUAUGCAAGAGAUCGAUAUAAUUCACUUUGCGUGUCACGACGGACCAUCGGGCCCGUUGGUUGAUCGACUGACUGUGCAGAAAAUCUCUGAUCAAAUGGUAAAACGAGCGCGUAUUGCCUUCUUAUCAGCCUGUUCGACUGCUGAGAUCACCGCGCACGAAUUCACCGAUGAGGCGAUCCAUUUGGCCAGCGUGUUCCAGGUGGCCGGCUUUGGGCACGUGAUCGCAUCCUUGUGGUCCGUGAAGGACUCUGUCUGUGCGCCUGUGGCAUCUCAUUUCUACCAUCAUCUCGCCCAGCAGACCACCGGGUCACUCAGCAAUCGGACUAUUGCCGAGGCUCUGCACGGCGCUGUGUUAAAGAUUCGCAAGACUGAAAGUCCUAAUGUCUGGGCAUCGUUCGUCCACUAUGGCGCCUGA